AUGCCUUUCAACCUCUCAGACUCCUCCAACGAGCAUACGGCUCUGUCAAUAAGCUACUCAGACACCUACGUCAAACAUCCAGAACCUUACCCUGAUCGCCAUAACGGAGCCAACGAAUUUAGCAGCAAAAGGACAUGCACGUCUACAGUAAAUAACUCAACUCUAAAUUCAGAUGCGAAUCAUGCAGAUCUCGACUUGGUCAAUCAAGUCGAGCUCCCUCCUGUGAACCCUAGCGCGGGUAAAUUCCCCUAUUGCCUGGUAUGGACGCCGCUGCCAGUGAUCGCGUGGCUCGUGCCGUUCAUUGGCCACUUGGGAAUUUGCCGGGAAGACGGCACCAUUCUGGACUUCGCAGGGUCGUAUUUCGUCUGCGUGGAUAAUUUCGCGUUUGGAGCUGCUUCGCGAUACCUUCAGUUAGACCCAGCAAAGGCGUGUCUGCCAUCCAACUUGUCAGGGCACAUCUGCAGCACACCCUUUUACCAUGCAGACUAUGGCACGUCUCAGAGUUGGGACCAGGCUUUGGCAGCAACAGUACGGACAUAUCAGCAUGCUUUCUACAACAUUUUCACCUCUAAUUGCCAUUCCUUUGUGGCCUGCUGCCUCAAUCGGAUGGCUUACAACGGAAGUGCGACUUGGAAUGUGGUGGAGCUUGCUGCGCUUAUGUUUCGACACGGUAAAUGGGUUAGUAACAGAGCAAUGGUAGGGGCAUUUGCACCUUUCCUGAUAGUGAUGGUUCUCGGGAUCUAUUCGGCAGGGCUCACGUUUGUUAUCUUCUGGUUAGGAUUUUCAGUUCUUUUGGUUGGUUGGUUUCUUAUUGGAACAUACGGAUUCAAGGGCCUGGGAACGAGAUAUCUUGCACCCGAUUCGGAAGUUCAGGAACAACUGCUGGUUAUUUCCUUCCAUUUCCUGCUCAACCGAUUUGCGAUGGCACAGGCAGUCGCCACUCCUCUUCCGCGUUGUGCAUCCCUAUCGGUUUCUUGCGCAGCGACAAGCAAAGGCAAGAAUUCGCUGCAGCUAGCCUCUCCGGCUUCCAGCUCGAUUAGCGUGUCGCGGGCCUCAGUCGGGCGAUGUAAUUUUACCAUUGGGAGGCAGUCGCGUGGCCUUUCCUUCAGACCUGCGGCUCGGCGCGCUGUCAUUCGUUCCCAGGCGACCGCCGAAGAAGCACCUAUAUCAUUCCAGAUCGGUGAAACGAGUCUCUCCAUCCCGUUCUCCUUGGAAAAGGCCAAGGCUCUCGAUGCCGCCAUAUCCAACCUCCUGCAAACCUUCCGGGAGAAGGAGAAGGCCACCCGACCACAGCGAUGGACCACGAUGGAGUAUCGUCAUAAGGGAGACGUCAAUAACGGGGAUGUUUUCAUUGAGGUAUUCUGCAACCCUAACGCAUACGCGAAUGCGUUUCAGGCUAAGGCGCUGAUUACAGUUAAGGAUGACCGAAUGAAGUUCACUUCGGAAGGUGCUUUGAGCGCCAUCAAGGCUAACGAUCGCAACAUGCGUCCUGAGGACUCUACAUCGGUUGAGAUUCACCAUAAUGGCGUGGCUCAAAGUCCUCCUCGUGUGCCACGGCGUAGGUUCCAGCCGAAGAUUUGGGUGAAGUUGACCUUUUUUGUGGGCGCUCUGGUGCUGAUUUGUUCGGGGGUUCCAGCUAUCGUCCUCUGGAGGCUGUCAAAGGCAACGUUGACGGAAGAAAUACGGGAAAGGCUCAGCAUCGUUGCGAGCCUUCGGCAAGAACAGAUACUCAGUUACAUCACGGGGAAUCAAGACACGGUGAAACUGAUCGCAUCUCGGGUCGUCAUUUCGUCUUUGCUUUUCAAGCACAUGCAAGGGGAGGCAAAUCUCACAAAGAGUAACAGCAAAGAGGGCACCGAGGAUCUCAACUCUGCCGUAAUGAGUGCAGCUAAUGUCAUGUCCUUAGGAGCGUACAGCGAUGAUGGCGGACUGUUGUUCUCCAGCAGACAUCCAGCUGAUGUGAAGCCACUGCCGAAACGGUUGCAUGGACGGGCCUUGAGUGUUAGGAAUCGAAACACGUCAGUGUGGUCUGGAAUCCCGUACGCUGGGUACAAUCAUACUCUGCUAAUCGAUGUUGCAGCUCCCGUCUACCACCAGGAAGUCUUCUGCGGAAUUAUUGUGGCCAAACUCGAUGCCAAGAAGUUCAAGCAAAUUGUGCAAGAUGAUACUGGACUUCAGUCCACAGGACAGCUUGUCGUUGCCUAUCUCACUGAGAACGAGAACUUGGUCAAUUUCAUUAUUCCUCCAGUGAAAGCUCCUUCUGUUAUGAACACGACAUACAAGGGAGUUGCGUUUAUGGCGGCAGAAGGCCAGAUUGGUUAUUUUGAAGGGCUUGACUUUCGUGGAGUUGAUGUCAUAGCUUCGUACCGGCCUAUUGGUUAUGAUAACUGGGGUCUGGCAGCCACAGUUGACAAAGCAGAAGCAUAUUCCUCAACCAAGAAGCUCGAAAAGAUUAUUCUCAUCUCAAUGUCUUGCAUUUUUGUUCUGGGAAUUCUGGCAGCAUUUUUACUGGCCAAGUAUUUCUCUCAUCCAAUCAUGGAUCUUGGUGAUGCAGCUAGCAAUCUUGCACGUGGUGAUUACAGUGCAAGAGCCCACGGUCGACGAGGCUGCUUGAAGGACGAGAUUGAUGAGCUUUGCUGUGUCUUCAACUACAUGGCUGAUCAAAUCUCAUCUUCAUACUCGACUUUGGAACAGAAGGUAGUGGAGCGGACUCGGGAUCUUGCACUUCUGAACGAGGGUUUGUCUGCUGAGGUGGAGGAAAGGAAGAAGAUUGAGUUACAGCUUCAGGAUGCGAAGGAGCAGGCAGUCUCAGCAGACAAGGCAAAAUCAGAGUUUCUGGCGAACAUGUCGCAUGAAAUCAGAACACCCCUGAAUGGCAUUAUCAAUUGCACAGAGCUUUGUUUGGAUACUCCUCUUAGCACCGAACAGGUGGAGUAUCUUGAGCUGUCUUUGUAUUCUGCGAAGCACCUUCUGCGCCUGAUUGCCGACAUCUUGGACUUCAGCAAAAUCGAGGCUGGGAAGAUGGAUCUGGAAAAUAUUGAGUUUUCCUUAGAAGACCAGAUGGAGCAUGCCGUAUCAGUCCUUGCAACGAGGGCAAGGAAGAAAGGGCUUACACUUGUAUCAUGGUUGAAGUCAUCAGAUAUGCCUGAAGUUCUUAUGGGUGACCCUGGACGGCUUCUUCAGAUCUUCAUCAAUCUCGUGGGAAAUGGUAUCAAAUUUACUGAAAAGGGAGAGGUUCUGCUGUCAGCAAUUCUGGUCUCUGCUAGGGAUCGUGUGGCAGAGGUUCUUUUUUCAGUUAAAGACACAGGGAUUGGCAUACCUCAGGCGAAACAAUCACUUUUGUUUCAAGCAUUCAGUCAGGUCCACGCAUCAGACGCAAGGCUGUAUGGAGGGACGGGUUUGGGGUUGAUGAUCUCUUCCCGCCUGGCCAAUGCCAUGGGUGGCCAUAUGUGGGUUGAGAGCGACGAAGGCAAAGGAUCGACGUUCUUUUUUACUGCCAAGUUCGCCAUACCAGCCAAGAUUGUCCCGUCACCAAAGCUGAUUCCAUGUGGCUGUCUGUGCCCAAAAUGUAACCAUCUGCGUUUCUUGGUUGUGGAUGAAAAUGAAUCAACCAGGAAGUCUAUCAUUUCGACUCUCGAGAAAAUGGAUGUGAAGGCGGAUGAAGCUGCUGAUGCAAUCGCAGCCAUGGAAAGGCUUCCAAGAGCAGUGUAUGACGAGUUACCUUACACCCUGCUGAUUGUUGACUCCAAAAUUGGCGAUGGGGACAACAGCCCAAGGUCCUCUCACGUCAACUGCAAAUGGCUGCUUCACCACAUUAAAGAGCAGGGUCUGCUUCAUUCAGACAAGUCCGGGUGUCGAUUUAUGAAUGGAAACAACAGGAGCAGUGCUGUGCAAGAAAUUGAGGACCUUGCCGAGCACCCUGGUUCACCCACGCCAGAUUCAGAAGUGCCUUGCCAGACUCAUCGGCAGCAAUCAAUUUCAGGGGCUGGCUUAGAGGAAGGGACGACCAGCCAUGAAGUGAUGCAGAUCCAGGAAGGCAGCCAGUCACAGUCUUUUUCCAGCAGAACUGAUUGCCCGCAGGCAUUCAGAAGGGAUGAAGAUGAAGUUCUUCCCGUUGUGUUAUUGACACCUGGGGAUACCGACGACAAGACAUUGUGCCAGGAUCUUGGUGUAGAGUUCUAUGUUCCCAAGCCUGUCAAACGGAAAGUGCUUGUUCGAAGGGUCAAGCAGGCACAGAAUCUCCCUCUCAGUGAUCGGCUGUCCAGCACAAACUCAGCUACUUCGGAUGAGGUGGCUGCAGCAGCUGCAAGUGACAAGAGCUUGAAGGUCUUGGUUGCAGAGGAUAACAUUGUGAACCAACGGGUGGCAUUGACACUUUUGCGAAAAUGGGGGCAUGAAGCAGUGCUGGCCAGUAAUGGUGAAGAAGCUGUGAAGAAGGUUCAGACGGAGGACUUUGAUGUGAUACUAAUGGAUGUCCAAAUGCCAGUUUGUGAUGGACUGCAGGCAACCAAGAGGAUCAGAGACUACGAGUCUACGAAGAACCACCACACGCCAAUCAUUGCUAUGACUGCUCAAGCUCUGAUUGGAGAUGGAAUGAAAUGUAUCGAUGCAGGGAUGGAUUCGUACUUGAGCAAACCUCUAAAUGCUUCCAAGUUGAAGGACCUCUUACGGCUCGUAUGCCGAUCACAUGCCCUUCCCAAGCCAACCAAUGAGUCUACUAGGGAAUUUUGA